AUGGAAGCGCAAGAGCGCUGGGCCCAUAAUGGGGAUCUUACAGCCAGGGAGACCUGCAAGGCUGGAUUCUCUGAAGAAGACUACACGGCAUUAAUCUCGGAGAACAUUCUGGAAGGAGAGCGGCUACUCAAAGUCGCGUUCAUCCGCUGUUUGGGGACCAGAGGGACACAGUACGAGACCAACAGCACGGACUUCCAAGUCGAGGCAGAUGGGACGGUCUUUGCCACCCGGGAGCUGUGGAUCCCCUCUGAGCAGGUGGCGUUCACUGUGACCGCGUGGGACCGCCAGACGGCCGAGCGAUGGGACGCCGUGGUGCGCCUGCUGGUGGCCCAGCCCUCGUCUGCCCGCUCCGCGCACAAGAAAGGAAAGCAGAGUGCGGCUCCAGAGAGUGCGGCUCCAGACACCUCUCAGCCCCCGAACAACAUGCUGCUGCCGUGGCCCCAGCACCAGCACGCCAACGGGCUGCGGAGGCAGAAACGCGACUGGGUCAUCCCACCCAUCAACGUGCCAGAAAAUUCCCGCGGGCCCUUCCCACAGCAGCUUGUUCGGAUCCGGUCUGACAAAGACAACGACAUCCCCAUCCGGUACAGCAUCACGGGCGUGGGCGCCGACCAGCCCCCCAUGGAGGUCUUCAGCAUCGACUCCAUGUCUGGACGGAUGUAUGUCACUCGGCCCAUGGACCGGGAGGAGCGCGCCUCCUACCACCUCAGAGCCCACGCGGUGGACAUGAAUGGCAACAAGGUGGAGAAUCCCAUCGACCUGUACAUCUACGUCAUCGACAUGAACGACAACCGCCCCGAGUUCAUCAACCAGGUCUACAACGGCUCCGUGGACGAGGGCUCCAAGCCAGGCACCUAUGUGAUGACUGUCACGGCCAAUGACGCAGACGACAGCACCACGGCCAACGGGAUGGUGCGGUACCGCAUCGUGACCCAGACCCCGCAGAGCCCGUCCCAGAACAUGUUCACCAUCAACAGCGAGACAGGGGACAUUGUGACCGUGGCAGCUGGCCUGGACCGAGAGAAAGUCCAGCAGUAUACCGUCAUCGUCCAGGCCACGGACAUGGAGGGGAACCUCAACUACGGCCUCUCGAACACAGCCACGGCCAUCAUCACGGUGACGGAUGUGAACGACAACCCACCAGAAUUCACCGCAAGCACGUACGCGGGGGAGGUCCCGGAAAACCAGGUGGAGGUGGUGGUCGCAAACCUCACCGUGAUGGACCGAGAUCAGCCCCACUCGCCCAACUGGAACGCCUUCUACCGGAUCAUCAGCGGGGACCCCUCCGGACACUUCAGCGUCCGCACGGACCCCGUCACCAAUGAGGGCAUGGUCACUGUGGUGAAGGCAGUCGACUACGAGCUGAACAGAGCCUUCAUGCUGACUGUGAUGGUGUCUAACCAGGCGCCCCUGGCCGGCGGGGUCCAGAUGUCCUUCCAGUCCACGGCCGGGGUGACCAUCUCCGUCAUGGACAUCAACGAGGCACCCUACUUCCCCUCGAACCACAAGCUGAUCCGCCUGGAGGAAGGUGUGCCCACCGGCACCGUGCUGACCACGUUUUCGGCGGUGGACCCUGACCGGUUCAUGCAGCAGGCUGUGCGAUACUCCAAGCUGUCGGACCCAGCAAACUGGCUGCACAUUAACACCACCAACGGUCAGAUCACCACGGCCGCCGUCCUCGACCGCGAGUCCCUGUACAUCAAAAACAACGUGUACGAGGCCACCUUCCUGGCGGCUGACAACGGGAUCCCCCCGGCCAGUGGCACCGGGACCCUCCAGAUCUAUCUCAUCGACAUCAACGACAAUGCCCCAGAGCUGCUGCCCAAGGAGGCGCAGAUCUGCGAGAAGCCCAGCCUGAAUGCCAUCAACAUCACCGCGGCCGAUGCUGACGUUGACCCCAACAUCGGCCCCUAUGUCUUCGAGCUGCCUUUUGUCCCAGCCGCCGUGAGGAAGAACUGGACCAUCACCCGCUUAAAUGGUGACUAUGCCCAGCUGAGCUUGCGCGUCCUAUACCUGGAGGCUGGCGUGUACGAUGUCCCCAUCAUCGUCACCGACUCCGGAAACCCCCCGCUGUCCAACACGUCCAUCAUCAAGGUCAAGGUGUGCCCGUGCGACGAGCACGGGGACUGCACCACCAUCGGCGCAGUGGCGGCGGCCGGUCUGGGCACCAGCGCCAUCGUGGCCAUCCUCAUCUGCAUUGCCAUCCUGCUCACCAUGGUCCUGCUGUUCGUCGUGUGGAUGAAACGCAGGGAGAAGGAACGCCACACCAAGCAGCUGCUCAUCGACCCUGAGGACGAUGUCCGCGACAACAUCCUCAAGUACGACGAGGAAGGGGGCGGUGAGGAGGACCAGGACUAUGACCUCAGCCAACUGCAGCAGCCGGAGGCCAUGGAGCACGUGCUGAGCAAGGCGCCCGGCGUGCGGCGCGUGGAUGAGCGGCCCGUGGGCGCAGAGCCCCAGUACCCCGUCAGGCCCGUGGUGCCCCACCCCGGGGACAUUGGGGACUUCAUCAACGAGGGACUCCGAGCCGCGGACAAUGACCCCACAGCACCCCCCUACGACUCCCUACUGGUCUUCGACUAUGAAGGGAGCGGCUCUACGGCGGGCUCCGUCAGCUCCCUGAACUCGUCCAGCUCCGGGGACCAAGACUACGAUUACCUGAACGAGUGGGGGCCCAGGUUCAAGAAGCUGGCAGACAUGUACGGCGGGGGCGAGGACGACUGACGCCCGCGGAGCGGCCCGCGGGGGGUGCCGGGCUUCCCGACUCCCCGCGGACGUGUCAUUUAGUGGUGUGUUAGGGGGUCCCUCCCCGCCCCAGCCCCCCCAACAGUGAGCUGUCUGGCAUGAACACGUCUCGCCCCGCGGCGCGCCACCCACCACAGUAGCUGACUGGCACCGAAGGACAG